AUGGCGUCGGUGUCAGAACUGUACGAUGUAGGCUGGGAAGAGAUGAGAGACAAGCUGCGUAAGUGGAGAGAAGAUAACAGCAGAAACAGUGAACAGAUUGUGGAUGUUGGUGAGGAGCUCAUCAGUGACCAUGCAUCUAAACUGGGAGAUGACAUAUGGAUUAUUUAUGAGCAGGUGAUGAUUGCAGCGCUGGACUGCAGUCGGGAUGACUUGGCUCUGACCUGUCUACAGGAACUGAGGAAGCAGUUUCCAGAUAGCCACAGAGUGAAGCGAUUAUCGGGCAUGAGGCUGGAAGCUUUGGAAAGGUACGACGAGGCCAACAAGCACUACGAUGCCAUUCUCCAAGACGACCCCACCAAUACGGCAGCAAGGAAACGCAAGAUCUCCAUACUGAAGGCCCAGGGGAAGAGCGCUGAAGCCAUCCGGGAGCUCAAUGAGUAUCUGGAGCAGUUUGUUGGGGACCAGGAGGCGUGGCACGAGUUAUCAGAGCUCUACAUCAACGAACACGACUAUGGAAAAGCCGCGUUUUGUCUGGAGGAGCUGAUGAUGACCAACCCUCACAAUCACUUGUACUGUGAGCAGUACGCUGAGGUGAAGUACACCCAGGGGGGGCUGGAAAACCUGGAGCUGUCCAGAAAGUAUUUUGCCCAGGCACUGAGGCUGAACAACAGAAACAUGAGGGCAUUGUUUGGUCUGUACAUGUCGGCAAGUUACAUCGCUGCCAGUCCAAAAGUCAGUGCCAAGGUGAAGAAGGACAAUAUGAAGUACGCGGCCUGGGCUGCCAAUCAAAUAAAUAGAGCUUAUAAGCUGGCUGGCCGUGGAACCAAGGAGAACAAAUGCUCCGUGAAGGCGGUGGAGGAGAUGCUGGAGUCCAUGCAGAUCACCAUGUCUUAGAUGCCCUUCGUCUGCACCUUCCUCCUUCCCUCCUGUUCACACACAGCCACUUGGAGCGACAUGGCAGCUCAUAUAGCCUUGCAAUGUGACCACAACCGGAUCUUUAACAGAUUUCUUUUUUUUUUAUCCCUUCAAGUUCAGUUCUGUAAUUAAUUGAACUCGACAUGGACAAUGGAAGACAUUUGUUUCCCUCAAGUGCAAAGAUUUCCCCACCCAUCUGGAAGCGACAAAUUCCAAGUACUCCAACUUAUUUUAACAAGUUCUACUUAGUAUUAACCCAGAUGCAAUUCCACAUGUCUGGAUUACUUUAUCCAUCCCUAUCUCAUACUGUCUUUUAGGUUAAUCUCUAACUGAUAUUAGCACAUCCACAUCAAGGCUAUAACUCUGUGACCCGGGAAGAUAACAAGCUGUACAGUUAAAGCUAUUUAUAAAGACUGUGGCGAUCCCACCUGUCUGCACUGAGGUCCUUUACUGUUUCCGUACUAUCUGUAAAUGAAACAUCUUUAUCUAAUAAACUUGUUUUUUCUUUUGUCUAAUCUA